CCUAGACACCCCCCUCCGAAAGGUCUUGCCAUUGACCGUGUCGAAAUGCAGAUUUCCGGUUUCAAUUUCGGCACGAUGUACACGGCACUGAAGAAAGGAAGCAAAGAUAGCACCUCCUCCGAGAGGCUGCCAUUAUCUGAGAACCCCGACUACCACGAUGAGCCUCUGAACAAGGAGCACAUCGAGGAUGGCACCUGCUACUUGGAACGGCCUCGUCGGUCAUCCUUUCAAUGGCGAAGUGUCUGCUUCCAUUUCAUUCUCGCCUCUCUGUACGGUGCAGCAUUUCUGGCUGCAACAUAUCGGACGACAGAGACUGUCAGAUCACAGGAUGUGAAGCCAGCGCAUCUGGUUGCGUCACCCCUAUACGACGCAGUUGAAAUGGAGCGAAAGACAAUCUACGCCUCGAUCGAAAGCGAAAAUCCUUUCAAGGGAGCACCAUCCGAAGAGUUGGAUCAUGCAUGGCAUCAGUUGUUCAUCAACUCCAAUAUCCGGGUGACAGCAGACGACCUGGCGAAGAUCAAUCGAACUUCUGUCCCUAUCAAUGACGAGAAGGGGGGCUACUAUGCCAUUCCCGAUAAAUUCCUCCGACAAGUAGUCUACCAAAACUACUAUCAUAUCGGGAAACGGACGACACCAGUCCAUAUUGAGCACUGUGUCGACAACCUCCGCCAAAACAUCAUGUGCAAAGCCGACGUCGCCCUCCUGACCUUCACAUGGGACCCCGAAGAUCGCGCCCCCAAGCCCAAUUUCGUCGUCGAACACGAAUGUGCCAACUGGGACAAGGUAGAUAAAUGGGCCGAGGAACAUAGCUUUGACAUCUUCGAUGAUACCACCCUCAUUCAUCCCACAUUAGGUCCAUCCUUCCCAGAGGCGGAGUAUAAAGUGACCGGUAGGAUCCCGGGUCACCCGGACUUUCAUCCGAAUGAGUAUCACGGGGGCCACGACAACCAUGCUAUGCAUGCGGAUGGGGAUGAUGCGUGA